AUUCGGUAUUUCUGGCAGCUUGAUUGAACUGUCAGAUAAACUGCAUUUCGUAAGUGAAUAAACUCUAGGUUGCAAUACAGAAUUAAAAAAAGAGGAAAAUUGCGGAAUUGUUUUCCUCAUACUUUUUCUUCUACUCAGAUUUUAAAUAAUACCGCUCUGAAAAAUUCCAACGGAACAUAAGUGAAGAAUUGUGUAAAGUGCAGGGCCGACUGAAAAUUGUGAUAUAAUCUUGGAGAAAUUUGUACGAAGUUUUGUUCGCAUAAUUUGUACAAAGUUUUGUUCGUAUCAUUGGCCGUCAGGCAGGAAGUCGAGCCUGCCAAGAACAGAAAUAGACUCUAGGGUCAGUUGUCUACAAUGGCUACACCUCAAUCUCCCACCCGUAUGUUCAAUGGCCUGGAUGAAGAUAUAUAUAAUGAAGCCAAAUUUGCACAUGAAAUAAACGACAAGAUGCGUGUUCCCAAGCGCAUAAAAGCUACAGGAGAAUUCUCUGACGAAGAUUUAUUGCUAUCCAAUCAAAAUGGAUUGAUAAAUUCGUGGAAUUACCACGAUAAGAUAGACAUGAACGUACCAGAUCGCAUAGUGGUAUUGGGUCACAAUCAACAUCUAGAGACUCGUUCGGCACCACGUGAAAUACAACUGGAAAACUCAAUUUUACCAAAGAAUCCGACAGUAAGCAUGGUACGUGUACAAACACCACCGCGUGUUAUAACACUCAAUGAACAUCACUUCCCCUCUGCUUCUGAGGAAAGUUCGCCUCAUCGUUACGGUAAUGGUGCCGAUUUUGAAGAUGGCGACUAUGAUGAAGACGUUGAGUCACGUCCGCCACCUUAUGUGCGUGCAAACGGUGUAUCGCAUGCACAACUCGGUUUUCACCCAGCCGAUUCAAAUUCUGUGGAAUCGGACUCGCAGUUGACUACUGGCGUUCGCAAGCGUUCGCAGCAGCUAGUUUACAACAACAAUGACACAUCUAUUGUAAGUCAUCGCGAAGGCACGCCAAUAGGAGAACUUACACCCCACGAGGAGAUUCUCUAUUUGCGCCGACAAUUGGCUAAACUAAAUCGUCGCGUGCUGAACAUCGAAAUCAACAAUGAGCAGCGUCUACAGCGCGAAAAAAUCGUAUAUUGUUUGGGCUUAGCAUACUUUGUAUUGAAGGCUGUCUUUUGGCUAAAUCGUAAUUGAAGCUUAUGCAAUAUUUAAACGCAACAGAAGUAAGUGCAGCAGCGACACAUCAGUUUGCUAUGCAUUUUCGUAGUAUUUUGAAAAUCGUUACAAUUUAUUAGGGAUUGAUGGAGGAUGUAAACUACGACACAUCUUAUUGGGAGGGAACGUAGCGCAAAUGAUGCACUUAUUUAUACCUACCCUGAGUUCCAAAAUGUAAAAAAAAAAUAUAUAGCAUCAGUUUAUUGUAUUCAAAAAUUCUUGCAGAUUAAAAUGACCAGCUUGCACAACCUUGUAACUAGCAUUGCGGGCUGGUUGUGAAUAUUAUUGGUCAGUCCCAUCUGCUGUGGUUUAGAAAUGAAAGACUUGCGCUGUAUUUUUACAUUUUGAAAUUCAGGAGUACAUAAAAACGUUGAUCAUCCUGUUUUGGUAUUGAUACCAAUGGAGAAAGUGUGCAUUUGAAUUUAAUCUAAUUGUCUUUGAACACUAUGAUUUUUAUUAGUCUAAAAAUUAUGCCGAUACUCUCAUUUUUAUAAGCAUAUAUCGAAAUAAAAGGAAAGUGACCAGUGUGACAACUAUUUGAUUGUUUCAUAGAGAAAACAAUUUGGAUAUUAAGGAUUUAGCACUUUAGUUACUUUUAACUUUUUCGAUGUAUGCUUAUGCGAUGGAGAAAGUGUGUAUUUGAAUUUAAUCUAAUUGUCUUUGAACACUUUGAUUUUUAUUAGUCUAAAAAUUAUGCCGAUACUCUCAUUUUUAUAAGCAUAUAUCGAAAUAAAAAGAAAGUGACCAGUGUGACGACUA